AUGGGCACACACAAGAUCGACAGUGAUGUCAACAAGAUUCAAAAGACCUCGCCAUUGCUCAACCUCCCAGGCGAGUUACGAAACCGUAUCUAUCACGAGACUCUCGCAGCCAGCAGGCAACCGCCCAACGUAUUCCACCUCAGCAAAGAAUCCAUGGAACCUCCCCUCCUGACAACCUCCCCUCAAAUCCGCACCGAAGCCAGCGGCAUUUUCUACGCCAACACAAUCCUCCAAUUCACCGACCCAGAAGUCUGCAUUCGUCGCCUCACCACCCUCACCCCAAAACUUGUCCAUGUCAUCCCGGAGCUCCGCUACGAUACGUCGGAGACUUGUACCGCUGCGACGUCUUGGAGAACUGCUUCUUGCGAAAUCCCUGGUUUGGAUGAAGAUACGAAAUUGGAGAAUUUGAGAGAUGAGCUUGCGAGGAAGGGGAUUCGGUUGAGGACUGGUGUUUUGAAGGCUAGGAUUUUUAUUGCGGAGAGACCGUAUUGGUCGAGUGAUCCGCUUUCUGCUUGUUUGGAUGCGGUUGGGUUGAGGGUUUUGAAUUCGAGAAUCAGGUGCUUAGCGCCAAGCAACAGUGAAAGAAUGACCGGGCUCAAGCAGAGGCUCUUCAACCUCCCUUAUGAGCUCUUCGGUCGGAUCGGGGCUGAGGUAUUCGAUUCUCAAGACACGAAUCAGUUCAUCAACGUCACGCCGGAGUUGAGACCACCAAUGCAACUCACAGUCGACAAGACCACUCGCGACACAUUCGCAGAAUGGUAUUACGGAAACCACAUCUUCUGGCUUUCUUGCCAGAAUCUCACAACCCUCUUCCAAUGGCUGCGAUCUCUUCCAACCCACCAUCGUCUCCUGAUCAACCAAGCCAACAUCCGAAUCCAUUCCACCCGACGCCACCCACUUCCAACCUUGAGACUUCGAGACAUGUUCUUCAACCUCGAACCCCUCAUCCCAGACCUCCCCCUCGACAGAUACCAUCUCGAACCCCCAAACAGAGCCUCCACGCUCCAAAUCUUCCAUCCCCGAUUCCUCCUCGUACGCCAAGUUUUGAGGAGAAUCAAGCAACAAUACGGUCCGUGUGCGUGCAGAUCGAGAGGAAGUCGAGGUCCUCCUCCCGAUCGUUUCGGCGUCCUUCUCGCCUACACGUUACUUUCGCAGAAACUUCUCCGUGCGCUUGGCGAUGAUUACACGGCAUUGAGUCGCAUGCUCCCGGAUGCUUUGACGUGUUACAGGAUUCGGGAGGUGCAGUUUGAGGUGAAAUUCGCGGUUAUGAACGUGGUUCCGCAUCGAACGAACUACGCUACGGCCUGCGAAUAG